CCCGGGCUCGCAAGCCCCGCCCCGACCUCUGCGCCCGCUCGCGAGCCCUUGCCAAUUCUCGGGGCGGGGACUGCGCGGGGAGACGCGCGCCGGUGCGUGCGUGCUCCCGGGCCGCGGGCGGGCCAGUGAAGCUGGCGGCCCUGGCACGUGAUCCCGGAUCGGCGUGGUAGCUUGGUGGCUCCGUCUGUCUGUCCGUCCGCGGGUGCCAUCAUGGCGGACGCGGCCAGUCAGGUGCUCCUGGGCUCCGGUCUCACCAUCCUGUCCCAGCCGCUCAUGUACGUGAAGGUGCUCAUCCAGGUGGGAUAUGAGCCUCUUCCUCCAACAAUAGGACGAAAUAUUUUUGGGCGGCAAGUUUGUCAGCUUCCAGGUCUCUUUUGUUAUGCUCAGCACAUUGCGAGCAUCGAUGGGAAGCGUGGGUUGUUCACAGGCUUAACUCCAAGACUGUGUUCAGGGGUCCUUGGAACUGUGGUCCAUGGUAAAGUUUUACAGCAUUACCAGGAGUGUGACAAGGCUGAGGAGUCAGGAUCUGGAAAUGUACUGAAAGAAGUUUCAUCUUCCUUUGACCGAGUUAUCAAGGAGACAACUCGAGAAAUGAUGGCUCGUUCUGCUGCUACUCUCAUCACACAUCCCUUCCAUGUGAUCACUCUGAGAUCUAUGGUACAAUUCAUUGGCAGAGAAUCCAAGUACUGUGGACUUUGUGACUCCAUAGCAACUAUCUAUCGGGAAGAGGGCAUCCUAGGAUUUUUUGCCGGUCUUAUUCCUCGCCUCCUAGGUGACAUCAUUUCUUUGUGGCUCUGUAACUCACUGGCCUACCUCGUCAAUACUUAUGCACUGGACAGUGGGGUUUCCACCAUGAAUGAAAUGAAGAGUUAUUCCCAAGCUGUCACAGGAUUUUUUGCCAGUAUGUUGACGUAUCCCUUUGUGCUUGUCUCUAAUCUUAUGGCUGUCAACAACUGUGGGCUUGCUGGUGGAUGUCCUCCCUACUCCCCAGUAUAUUCUUCUUGGAUAGAUUGCUGGUGCAUGCUACAAAAAGAGGGAAAUAUGAGCCGAGGAAAUAGCUUGUUUUUCCGGAAGGUCCCCUUUGGGAAGACUUAUUGUUGUGACCUGAGAAUGUUAAUUUGAAGAUGUGGGGCAGGGACAGUGACAUUUCUAUAGUCCCAGAUGCACAGAAUUAUGGGAGAGAAUGUUGAUUUCUAUACAGUGUGGCACGCUUUUUUAAUAAUCAUUUAAUCUUGGGAAAAUGGA